GGGGCGCGGGGGGAGCGGGGCCAGCCUGCGCGCUGCCGGCGGCGGAGAGCGGCGGGGCCGCGGGCGCGCAGCGAGCUUCGGCUCCGCGAGAGGAGGCUCAGAGGAUCCCCUGCUGACUCCAGGCAGAGACAGGCAGAGGAGCAGGCAGCUCCUGGAGCAACUGGGAGCUCCUCUCCCCAUCGGGCUCCGGAGCCAUGAGCAGCGCUGUGGUCCUCGCCCACCUCCCAGACCCCAGCAGCAGUUUCAGGGAAGACGCUCCUCGCCCCCCUGUCCCGGGAGAGGAAGGAGAAGCACCAUGUCCUCAACUCGCCAGCUCUUUUCUCCCCAAAAGCCAAAGCUUCAAGGCCAUGCCGGUGCCUCCUGCCCCACGGAGGAAUGAGAACGGGCUUGGGGAGCCGGAAGGCAGCGCAUCCCCAGACUCCCCUCUGGCCAGAUGGACCAAAUCCUUGCAUUCCUUGUUGGGAGAUCAAGAUGGUGCCUAUCUUUUUCGGACCUUCCUGGAAAGGGAAAAAUGUGUGGAUACCUUAGACUUCUGGUUUGCCUGCAAUGGCUUCAGGCAGAUGGACCUUAAGGAUACCAAAACUUUAAGAGUAGCCAAAGCUAUAUACAAAAGGUACAUCGAGAACAACAGCAUCGUCUCCAAGCAGCUCAAGCCUGCUACCAAGACCUACAUAAGGGAUAGCAUCAAGAAGCAGCAGAUAGAUUCCAUCAUGUUUGAUCAGGCACAGACUGAGAUUCAGACUGUGAUGGAGGAAAAUGCUUACCAGAUGUUUUUAACUUCUGAUAUAUACCUCGAAUAUGUAAGGAGUGGAGGAGAAAAUCCUGCUUACAUGAACAGCAACGGACUGGGGAGCUUAAAAGUUGUCUGUGGCUAUCUCCCGACCUUGAAUGAAGAAGAGGAAUGGAGCUGUGCAGACUUUAAGAACAAAAUCUUGCCUUCGGUGGUUGGACUAUCCAGCAAGACAUUGAGGGUUACGGCGAAUGUCAGAGCGACGGAAACGAUCGAGAACGGCUACAGGUCCUUCAAGAGGAACGACCCUGUUAACCCCUACCAUGUGAAUUCUGGCUACGUGUUUGCCCCUGCAACCAGCGCGAACGACAGCGAAAUCUCCAGUGAUGCCCUGACGGACGACUCCAUGUCAAUGACAGACAGCAGCGUAGAUGGGAUCCCCCCGUACAGAAUCGGGAGCAAGAAGCAGCUCCAGCGGGAAAUGCAUCGCAGUGUCAAGGCCAACGGUCAAGUUUCUCUACCUCAUUUUCCGAGGACUCACCGGCUUCCCAAGGAGAUGACCCCAGUAGAGCCAGCUGCCUUCGCCGCCGAGCUCAUUUCCCGGCUGGAGAAGCUAAAGCAGGAGCAGGAAACCAUGGAUAGUCUGGAGGAGAGGCUGCAGCAAAUCAAGGAGGACGAGGAGAAGGAGGGCUCGGAGCUCGCCACCAGCCUGCAGAGCAGCCGGGAGAUGGUGAAUCCCCAGCACCCCCAGCACACGCUCUCGCUCCUGCCUUCUGGCAGCUACGAGGAGGACCCCCAGGCCAUCCUGGACGAGCAUCUCUCCCGUGUGCUGAAGACCCCUGGCUGCCAGUCACCCGGCAUGGGUCGGCACAGCCCCCGCGCCCGCUCCCCGGACCGCCUGCCAAUGGGCAAGCUGCAGCCCAGCGCGGCCUCGCCAGCGGCAUGUGCCUUGGUGGGUAAGGGCUUCAUCACCAAGCAGACCACCAAGCACGUCCACCACCACUACAUCCACCACCACACCAUGCCCAAGACAAAGGAGCAGAUCGAAGCGGAGGCGGCCCAGCGGGUGCAGUGCUGCUGCCCAGCAGGCAGCGACUACUACUGCUACCCUAAGUGCAAGGGUCACCCAAAAAGCCUGGACCCCCCUCUCCCUCCGCUGGAGCCCUUCGGCAGGACAGGGACGCUGCCGAAGAGGCCGGGCAGAGGAGCGGAGAGCAUCACCUUGCCAGCUGGAGACGGGGUGCUGCCUGGCCCUGGCGGGGUGCAGCUGCCAGGGGGUGAGGCGGACCGGGCACAGAACGUCUGGCAGUGGAUGCUGGAGAGCGAGAGACAAAACAAGCACAAGCCCCAUAGCGCACAAAGCACAAAGAAAGCCUACGGCUCCGACUUGGCCAAGGGGGCCCUCGGCCGCCACCACCCGUGGGGGACCAGCAGCCACCCGCGCGGGGCGCAGCCUGCCCACCCCUUCGUCCAGGACCCCGCCAUGCCCCCGCUCACCCCACCCAACACCCUGGCGCAGCUGGAGGAAGCUUGCCGGCGGCUCGCGGAGGUCUCCAAGCCGCAGAAGCAACGAUGUUCAACCUCAAAUCAGCAGAGGGACCGAAACCACUCCGCUGCCGUGCCGGGGGGAAGCUCCCCUUUCUGCAGUGCAGGUCUAGCGACAGAAGAUUACAAAGAGCCAAAGAAACUGCCAGUUGUUCACACCUCUCAGACCAGUGAGUUGGUUGUCACCUAUUUUUUUUGUGGAGAAGAAAUUCCCUACAGGAGGAUGUUAAAGGCCCAGAGCCUAACACUUGGGCACUUUAAAGAACAGCUGAGCAAAAAGGGCAAUUACAGAGGUUGUUGAUCUUCUUACUCUCUUCCUACUCAAACCAAAAGCAACUUGGAGAUGGAGAAAGGGUCCCUGGUGAAGAGGCCACCUCCUCCACGUCUCCAUGCCCAGCCUCUUCCCCGAGUUGUGUGAGGAUGCAGGCUGGCUUUGUGCUCCAGCCCACGUCCAAAAAGCUGGAAUACCAGGACAAGCUGGGUUGAUGGCCUUGUGGCAAAGGUGUGGAGCAGUGGGGUUCAGUUUCCAAUCAGGGUCAACAUUCAUCUUGGUGCUUUGCUUACUCCUUGAUAGUUCUCUUUUCUUUCUUAUUUCCAAUGGUGUGGCCACAAAUGAGGUCAGUGAAAGGUUGGGGUGUUGGACAUGCAGCUGAGAUGCAGUGAGCUCACUUCUCUCUUCAUUAGGGAACGAAAACCUCUGCCCUGCAGGGGAAGCUCCACCAGCAAUACCGAGCUCCUUCUCAGAAACACCAACAAACCCUGCCCGUCUGGUUUCUAGGGCCCAGCUCCCGGUUUAACCAGUUUACUGCUGCCCCUGUUCCUCUAGUUCCCAUGGCUGUAGCUUCGUGUUGACUAUUUUCACUGCACUUUCCCAGUGGAUUUGGCCUCUCCUGGGAUCAUGUGUUGGCCACAUCGCCCCCAGGGUGAGCAGGAGAGAGAAGCUGCAGUGUGGAGUUUUGAAUUGGCACUGAUUUGGUGGUGCUUCAGAGAGCUGAAAGGCUUGCCUUGUAACUGCCAGCCUCUGGUUUGACCUCCACAUGGUCAUUCGGGUUUGGUGCGAGGACUUCCCAGCUGCUGCUUCACCGCUGGCCUGUCUCUAGCUUCGGAAGGUCCACCUCUGCAGCUCAGAAGGAGGUUACCCAAGGGUAUUCUCAGGCUGGGGCAUGCCAAGCUGGAGUCUGCCCAUGGCUGUUGCAGCAUGGAACCCCACCAACCGUUCCCCCAGACCCUCUUUGCAGCCCACCCAGCUGCCAUCAGAUGGCAGCAACCUGCAAGUACACCCAACCUGGACGACCUGCCGGAGAAGCCCUUGGCCUUCUUGCACCAUUACACCAUUUUCCAACCCUUGAAACCCCUCCUGCCCCAUCACAGCUUUCCAGCUGAUGCAGCCUUGUGGUCUCAGCUGCAGACCAGCUUCUGUGGCCUCACCAGUGGGUUGCCACUGUUCCAGUGGCCAUGUAGUCCCACUCCCCCCUCAAAGAAAAAGAAAUCCUCGUUUCUCCUGGCUGCUACUUGUUUUGUGUGACUUUCUGAGCCAUGCCCAAGCGCAGGCCUAGGCUACCAAAACCUCUGUGGCCUGAAAAGCCCCUCUAGGUGCAAUUAUUUGUGCCUUGUCAGACUGUAAUUGCUUUAGAAAGCGUUUUUAAGUGAGUGACAAGGCUGAAACGUUAUCGCGCUCAGAUCUCACCCCUUUUACACCUGGGUAAAGACAAUACAGAAAUUUAUAGAGAGCGCUUGGGUAGCUGCCCAGGAUUUUAUCUUGCACAGACACAAGGUGAAACUAAUUACACAAAUGUGUGUACCUCCAGGGAAUCAUUUUGAUCUAAGCUUUGACUUUUGGCUGGACUUUGAGUGAAACUGCAGGUGACCUUCAGGGAAGAGGUCCGCAGUGCCCGGAGUAGCGCGUGUGUUACGGGGAGGCACUAACUAGGCAGCUUUGGUCACAUCUGGCAUUGAUUUCUUUUUAAGGCACAUUUAAUAAGCAUGUCUUUGAAGCCUUUGCCUUUCAUUUAAUGCACAAAGACACGCAGAAACGCUCCACUCUCCCAAAUUCUUCAUUGAUUGGAUCAGUUUGUGAGGCGGGUAUCUCCCGCGAUGCCAGAGCCCAGUGGCCGGCUCCGCCGUGGGGCAGCCGCCGGGAAAUCACCGCUCGCUUCUCCUCCUGCUCCUUUCCCCAUCACUCCCUCCCCCCCACCCCCCAAAAAAAAAAAAAAAAGAGAGGGGAAGGGGAGGAAAAAGAGAAGGAAUUAAGCAGUGAUUUAAUACUGAUGGCGUUAACAAAAAACAAACAUACAUGCACAAAAAAACUGGGUGGUGUUGGGUAAUCUGAAGAUGGCAGCGGUUCAAAACGGAGCUGUAAGGCCAGGCCUGCUCGCCUCGAUUGGUGCCAGAUGUCCCAAAAAAUGAAAGAGAGAAGAAAAAAAGAAAGGAGAGAGAGAGGGGGG